ACUGCCUCAGAGAAAAAUAAUGUAAUGGAGUAAAAGAAGAGAGAGAAAGUGAGUGGGAUUGAGGAAAAUUGUAGAGAGAGAAAGAUAAAGGAGAUGGGGCAGAUCGUGAAGACGAAGAAGAAAGGACGUCCAUCUAAGGCAGAUCUAGCUCGCCGGAACGCUGCCGCUGAGCAGUCGGAAUCGGCGUCGGCGAAGCAGGAGAGGGAGCUUCGUCGGAGUGGACGGCGUCGGAAUGUUAGGUACGCUUUCGAUAUCGAUGAUUACCUUGACGACGAUGAGUACUUUGUCGAAGACGAUGAGGAUGAGAGAGGCAGAGAGAAGAAGCUAAAACACUUGCUUAAGCUACAGAGCGAUGAAAUCGGUGCUGAGUCAACUCCGAGUCGGACUCGACGAGUGUCAGUAGGGCCUGCCACGUCGGCUUCGUCUUCCGACGAUGGGGAUGGGAGAAAGCCCUCUAAAAAGAGAAAAAUUAACGGCGACGAUGAUAGAGAUGAAGACGAAGAAGAUAAUGACGAUGAAAUUGAAAAUGAUAAUGAUGAUGAGGCUAGAGGAAGGAAUGAAGAAGCAAAAGAUGUGGACUCUGCUCCAGGGACACCAUCUGAACCACAUUCUGGAAUGCCGUUGCCAGAUAAGAAGACGAUGGAAUUGAUUCUCGACAAGUUACAGAAGAAAGACAUCUAUGGUGUUUACGCGGAACCUGUUGAUCCUGAAGAGCUUCCUGAUUACCAUGAGGUGAUUGAUAAUCCCAUGGACUUUACCACCGUCAGAAACAAAUUGCGAACUGGAUCAUAUGCCACUUUGGAGCAAUUAGAGAGCGAUAUCUUCCUCAUUUGUUCAAACGCAAUGCAGUACAAUUCAUCAGAUACUGUCUACCAUAAACAGGCACGUACCAUCCAAGAGUUGGCUACAAAGAAAUUUGAGAAGCUAAGAAUCAAGUAUGACCGAUCUGAAAAGGACGUCAAGUUAGAACAGAAGACAAAAUAUGGUUCUGUUGUCAGGAAGCAAAUAAAGAAGCCGAUGGUCUCGAUGUUCCAGGAAAAUGUUGGCUCUGAUUUCUCAUCAGGUGCCACUCUUGCUGCAGCUGGAGAUAGCCACUAUCUUAACAACACUCCUCUUGCUGGAGUGUCGGUGAAACCUUAUGGUGUUGAUGGGCUUGCUGAAGGAAAUUCUUCACUGAUAGAUCAAAAUGUAGACAAGGCAGAAGAAUCACUAUCAGGGAAGGGUCCUCUAUCCAGAUUUGGAAGGAAAUUAACUGUGCCUGAUGAGAACCGUCGUGGAAGUUACAACAUAUCCACACAACCAGUUGGCAACACGGACUCCAUAUUUUCAACGUUUGAAGAUGAAAGCAAGCACCUGGUCACUGUUGGGCUUUAUUCUGAUCAUGCAUAUGCUAGGAGCCUUGCCCGGUUUGCUGCAACUCUCGGUCCUGUAGCAUGGCGAGUUGCAUCCCAGAAAAUUGAACAGGCAUUACCUCCUGGAUUCAAGUUUGGCCGUGGGUGGGUUGGGGAAUAUGAGCCACUUCCAACCCCAGUUUUGGUGCUUGAGAACUAUACCUUGAAGGAACCUCCAUUCUUCUCCAAGUCCGUACAUAAGUUUGGAGCUCAAAAGAAUGAGAAAACAUCCGAGGACGCAAUUGCUCCAAAAGAUAAACCUCUUUCUAGGCCUCUAUUAGGAGGAAAAUCAUCAUAUCUUGGUUCAACUAAGGGUAAGCCUAUGGAGAGUGGUUUGAAUGUCUUGAUUCCCACGAAGGAGCAAUCUCCUAGGGAGGUCAAUCUAGAAAGGAGGUCAUCGUUUCUUUCUUCUGGAAAGAAACCUGCUGUUUGUGCUAGCUCCAGAUACCAGCAUCCUGAUUUGCAAUCCAGAAAUUUCAAUGAACCUGCUAAAAAGAUCCAUUUCAAAUCUGAACCUGAUAAAAAACUGCAGAAGCAGGUUGAGUUAAAUUGCCCACUGUUAGACAGUCCUAGGAAUUCUGAAAUUACCAGAAAGAUUAAUGUUACUGUUACUUCUGAAACACCUGGAUCGAGGUCUACUGGGGUAAGUCCGAGGAACCCAUUCUCAUCUGGGUCAUUUACGCAAUCAGCCAAGAAUGGAAGUGCUGUUGGAGGAAUGGCCAAUGGGAGAGCAGUGAAUAACAACCUAGACACUACACCAGCAGCGCAUUUAACUGCUGAUAGCGUUCCAACCGUGAGAAAAGUUGCAGGUUUCUUUCACCAAGAACAGGAGCAGGGCCUUAGUGACCCUGUUCAGUUGAUGAGAAUGUUGUCUGAAAAGGCUCAAAAUCAACAGAACUCUUUGAGUCAGUCCCUAACUGAUGCUUCUCCAAUUUCCCCUGUGACUCCAUCUGUGAGGAAGGAUGAUUCAGGAAAUGCCGCCGCCGCCGCUGCCCGAGCAUGGAUGUCAGUUGGGGCAGGAGGUUUCAGACAAGGCAUGGAAACAUCAAGCAUGCAGAAUAGUCAUAUUUCUGCUGAUUCAUUGUAUAACCCUUCUCGCAAUGUCCAGCAACAAACAUCACGAGUUCGGGGUGAACAUCCUGCAUCAGCAAUGCACUUUCAGGCUGAGAACAGUAGUCCACUUCAUGCUUUUGUACCUCAUCCUGCGAGAGUGGGCAGUGAAGCUCAAUUUCAGAAUCCUCAAAUGAUUUUCCGCCAAUCAAUACCUGCGGACUUGUCUAGGUUCCAGGUACAACCUGCUUGGCAGGGGUUUAAUCAACCAGCACAGCCAAGGCAGAAGCAGGAUUCCCUCCCCCCUGACUUAAACAUUAGUUUCCAGUCAUCUGGGUCUCCUGGUCGUCCAUCUUCAACCGUUUUGGUUGAUUCUCAGCAGCCAGACCUGGCCUUGCAAUUAUGAAACCAAGCAAUUUCUGAUAAAAAUAUUUGAACAGGUUCAAACAUACAAGAGCCUUUGGAUCUUUUGGCUGGCACGUCUAAAUCUUCUUUUUGGGCAUCACUGCUUCAGCAUACUACUAGCAUCUACCUGUAAUUGCUGAAGGCUUUGAUAUCGGAUCUCAUUUCGUUGAACUUUAAGUUGGCAACUCAACAAUUGGAGUCAACUGCUUCAUUUAUUUUUUUGGGAUGUUCCGAGGUAUUAUUUCUUUAUUUGCUAUGUUGUAGUGGUGGAGAAGGCAAUAGAUGUAGUUCAGGUUUAGGAUAGGCAGCAGGCACAACUGGAGGAUCACUGUCCAGGUCACGAAUCGUGGAUCGUUUCAUGUCAAUCACUGACUUGGAAUUGCGAUUUAGAUAGCUGAAGAAGUAAGCAUAUUACAUUAAUACUAGUUCGUUCGUUUGUUCCAGUGUUUGCUAUAUGGUCAUUUACGGAUAGGAAUGCUUUAAUUUAUUGUACAUUGGAGUAAGGUGGGACUGAUCUUUGGAGUUUUUGUCAUUUUUACUUCAAUCAUUGUAGUUCUACCUCAGUUUCCUCCUUACACCAGCGGGUUCUCGUCUACAUGUAAUGGCGUAAAUUUCAGAGAAAUUCCAAAGUAUUGGUAUUCUUUGUUUGUGCCA